ACACGCGUGGCGCAGUAAGGGCACAGAAUAGUUUCUUUGAGUUUGUCAAAGCCACGCGCCCGGCGCGCGAAACCCGAGCAGGGGCUCCAUGCAGGGGGCGGGGUCUUCCUUUGGGAGCGUGCGGCCCGAAAGAGGGAGGCGGUGUGCCGCACGUGUAGAAAAGGGAGAGCAAGAUGCUUUACCCUCAAAUCAUUCGCCGAACAGGUGAAUCGCUUCUUGCGAGGCACGCGAAAGGCACGAGAGCGACGCAUUACUCGCAAACUCCCCAUCCCCGCGACAUGGAGGCAACUGUCAUCGCUACGACGCAAAUGACUCAAGAUUUGUUUUACCAGCCUUUCUCGGACACCCUCGCAUCUCAUGCAAAGCAGGACAGUGAGUGUAAAGUGCUGAAGAGACAGCGCUCGAGCAGCCCAGAGCUGCUCAGGUGCAAGAGGAGACUGACUUUCAACGGACUCGGCUAUAGCAUCCCUCAGCAGCAGCCCAUGGCGGUGGCCAGACGCAACGAGCGCGAAAGAAACCGCGUCAAGCAGGUGAACAUGGGCUUCCAGACGCUACGCCAGCAUGUGCCCAACGGAGGGGAGAACAAGAAGAUGAGCAAAGUUGAGACGCUGCGCUCGGCGGUGGAGUACAUCCGAGCGCUUCAGCAGCUGCUGGACGAGCACGACGCCGUGUCCGCCGUGCUGCAGUGCGGCGUGCCGUCUCCGUCGCUCUCCAACGCGUACUCGGCGGGCUCGGAGUCUCCUCAUUCAGCUUACUCCUCUGAUGAAGGCAGCUACGAGCAUCUCAGCUCUGAGGAGCAAGAGCUACUGGACUUUACCAUAUGGUUCGACAGAUAUGAAUCAGCUGCUUCACUGACUACUAAAGACUGGUGCUGAAGAGACGUCCAGAGGUCCAGGUUGGUGAUACGCUGCCUGCUGGUGCCCAUGAAGGAAUCGACUUCUUUGAUUGAGCACUGGACAUACAGAGGGCAUUUUCCAGCAGAUGCAACACUCACAAGUUUCCAGAUGUUAGAACUGCAUGGGACUUGAAGCAUGCCAGGAUGUCUGUACUGCUGACUUGUGUCUUGUCACCCCGCAUUCAACAUUUUUCCCUGCUGAUGCAAUAAUGUGUGAAUGCAACUGAAUGAGCCAGUUUGUUCCUUCCAUAUUGUACAAAUAACGAGGUGAACAGUUGUAGUUAAAUGAAUGAGGAAAAAUAGUCCCAGGUCUCAUAUACGGCGUCUGUUAUGGGAUACACUAAUGUUACACUAAGCCCACAGACAACCUGUAUAUUACAAUAUUUUGUGCUAGAUAUGCUGCAAUGUUUUUGUACUGGAUGAAUUACUUUUGUAUCAAAGUGUGCACUUGUGUGUUUUUAUAAAAACUUGUGUAAUAUGCAAUUUUUUAUGAAGAGA